UGCAGCACGAGAGACGAGAUGGAUAGUCUCUGAAUGUUUGCGAUCAAUCCAGUGGUAGAUUAUGAUGGUUGAGAGCUAUCAAAAACAACACAGUUGUGAAUUCAUUAUAAUGUGCCAGUUUAAACGUGUGUACCGGUACCUUACCUCCUGGAGAUAAAACUUAGUAAAUGUUUUAUUACCCGAAUGGAUAUGGAAUGGUCAUGAAGAGCGCGCAAAGGAGUCGCAUUGAUUGAGGAUCUUGAAUUCUCUCUUCAGAAAUCAAGCCUACAGUUUGGGAUGUUGGCUGCUGGCUCUGGCAGACAAUAACCUUCCAUGAGUUUUAAAGAGAGGACAGGAGACCCCCUCCCUUUAUCAGCAACAGCAGGACCAGGAGAAGAACACAUUCAGCUGAGAACUUGAAAGAGAACACUACUGAAGGCCAGACUGUGGUGCUCCAGUACCUGUUGUGCCUACAGCAACAUUUGGAGCAGCUAUGAUGGAUAAACCCUCUACUGCUCCUCCACACACCUCCCAUCCCACAAUAGAUGUGCCUUGACGGCCCCAGUCCCUCCUCUCUGACAUCUGCAUCCCCCUCUCCACAGCCCUGUUCCAUCCUGUCUACAUAAUGUCUCGUACAGACUACAAAAAUGGUGCCAUUUCUCAAACGCAUUACACAUAUGGCCAACUCUGCCCCAUGGAAGUUAAGAACUACAGGAAAAGACCCACAAUGCCUUGUUUGGACGAUGUGGAUGACGGUCACAUAAUCCUGCCCAGUGUCCUGGAGGUGAGGCGGGUUCCUCUGUGGCCAUUGGGCCCCCUGGGGAGUGUCACAAAGGUCAAGGUUAUCAGCUUCCUGCUCGGACUGACGUUGACCUUCCUCAUUAUGGCUUCUUACGUCUUGACCUUGGAUAAAAAGGGUCUGAUGAUGACACCGCCACCGUUCCACCUCAGUACUAUAGUCAACCACAGCAGCACCAUCUCCCCUAACCUGUCCUCUACCAAGGACUAUGUCAACAUUAACCUCCUGGUGAAGUGCAUUACAGCUAAACUUGAGUUCAGCCCAAGGAAGCUGCCUCUUCUGAAGGACGUUGUCAAUAGUGACUCUCAUUUGUUUUCCAUUAUUCCUGGUCAGUUCCUCCCCAAUAUCAAGAGUCCAUGCUGGUAUGAGGAGCUCUCUGGGAAAACCAAAGUGGAUCCUUACAGGAAAAACUUGUAUGCAGUUCGCUCCAAGACCUUCCGGACGGUCCGUGACUACCUGAGGAAUCAUUUCCAGGAACACUUGUCCCACAGCGUCGACGACAAGCAAUACCGCCUGCGCUGUCUGCCAUAUUUCUACAUCAUUGGCCAGCCCAAAUGUGGCACAACGGACCUGUUUCACCGACUGCUGCUACACCCGGAGGUCAAGUUCACCACCAUGAAAGAGCCCCACUGGUGGACAAGGAAAAGGUUUGGUAUCAUCCAUCUUAAAGACGGCCUCCUGGAGCGCUUCCCUGUGGAGGACUACCUGGACCUUUUUGACCUGGCUGCCUACCACAUCCAGCAGGGAAUACUGGGGAAUACCUCUGGAGAUGACAGCCAGCGACACCUCAUCACAGGUGAAGCAAGCGCGUCCACAAUGUGGGACAACCAAGCCUGGAGCUAUCUCUAUGACAACCAGGUGGAUGGGGAGCCUCCUUUCCUGGCCCAGGACUUCAUCCACACUGUUCAGCCCAACGCUAAAAUCAUCAUCAUGCUCAGAGACCCAGUAGAGAGGUUGUAUUCAGACUAUCUGUACUUCAACAUGGCUAACAAGUCAGUGGAGGACUUUGACCAGAGGGUCUCAGAAUCCUUACAGCUGUUUGAGGCUUGUUUAGCAGAGAGCUCCAUGCGUUCCUGUGUCUACAAUACUAGACUUUCCAAUGCCAUGACGCCUGGUGAGUCCGGUGCCUGCUCCAGAGCCAGACCACCUGUGUGUCUCUCCGCUCCAGUGAUGAUCCAUGGCACGAAGCCUCCAGUGAUGAUCCAUGGCACGAAGCCUCCAGUGAUGAUCCAUGACACGAAGCCUCCAGUGAUGAUCCAUGGCACGAAGCCUCCAGUGAUGAUCCAUGACACGAAGCCUCCAGUGAUAAUCCAUGGCACGAAGCCUCCAGUGAUGAUCCAUGGCACGAAGCCUCCAGUGAUGAUCCAUGGCAUGAAGCCUCCAGUGAUGGUCCAUGAUAAGAAGCCUCCAGUGAUGAUCCAUGGCACGAAGCCUCCAGUGAUGGUCCAUGAUAAGAAGCCUCCAGUGAUGAUCCAUGGCAAGAAGCCUCCAAUGAUGAUCCAUGGCAAGAAGCCUCCAUUGAUGAUCCAUGGCACGAAGCCUCCAGUGAUGAUCCAUGACACGAAGCCUCCAGUGAUAAUCCAUGGCACGAAGCCUCCAGUGAUGAUCCAUGGCACGAAGCCUCCAUUGAUGAUCCAUAGCACGAAGCCUCCAGUGAUGAUCCAUGGCAUGAAGCCUCCAGUGAUGGUCCAUGAUAAGAAGCCUCCAGUGAUGAUCCAUGGCACGAAGCCUCCAGUGAUGGUCCAUGAUAAGAAGCCUCCAGUGAUGAUCCAUGGCAAGAAGCCUCCAAUGAUGAUCCAUGGCAAGAAGCCUCCAAUGAUGAUCCAUGGCAAGAAGCCUCCAUUGAUGAUCCAUGGCACGAAGCCUCCAGUGAUGAUCAAUGGCACGAAGCCUCCAGUGAUGGUCCUUGAUAAGAAGCCUCCAGUGAUGAUCCAUGGCAAGAAGCCUCCAGUGAUGAUCCAUGGCAAGAAGCCUCGAGUGAUGUUCCAUGGCACGAAGCCUCCAACGACGGCCUUCAGUCCUGAGCCUCCAGCGACGGUCUCCAGUCCUGAGCCUCCAGCGAUGGUCUCCAUUAUUAUGUUUAUUGUGUCACUAUCUUUGGUGGAUAGUGUAUUGUCUAGAUGGGAAGUCAUGUGCAAGAGCAAGAAGAAACACUCAUUUUGACCGCAUUUAUUGAAAGAGCAUUAUCCCACAGGGCACAGAGGGCAGUUCAAUGUCUCGUUUGAUUUACGCUAGGUUGAGUUGUCAGAUAACCUGAAUUCAAUGUGAAAUCAACCACAAAUGUCAGUAUGUCGUUGGGUGAAAAUGUGGGUGAAAAAGUGUGAAAUCCCCAUUAUUAUGUUGAUGACUUGUUACAAAUCCUCGUUGAUUCAGCAUCAUCACAUUUUUUUGUUUUGUUGAAAUGACAUGAGAACACUGUGGAUUUAAACAGUUUUUGCCCAGUGGCAUGUCAUCAAAGUACAUACAAAGUUAUUCAGAGAUGGCUUUGUCUAUGCCAAAUUGUGAUACAGUUUCCAUGUCUUAGCUAGAUUGAUUCCAUGCCAACUUGUGAUCCAUAACUCAGGCCUUUAUUUCCAUGUCUAAUGGGAUAUUUUAUUAAAAUCACAGCUACUUCCUUGAGGCUGGUGAAAAUGUGUUGUGACAUAUGCCACUGAUUUGAUUAGUGAGGAACUGUGAAGUUUCCUUUCAGAACUGAUUGAACUGAGAUGCACUUACUGGAAGUUAUUUAGGAAGUAGUCUCUAGAAAUAUUGUCAUUUAUUUUCAGAAAAUACAUUUUCUUGCUGUUUGAACUAUUUUACUACAUUGACAUUGGCUCAGUUUUAUACAGGUAUGUGUGCUUUGUUUAGUUUAAGAUGAUCCCCAUUAGCUGUUGCACAUGCAGCAGCUACCCUUCCUUGGGUCCACAAGCUUUAAUGCUGUAAACAUUUCCUUAUUGGACAGAGUUCAGCAAAGCUAAGUAAAGGCUUGCCAAAUGCCCUCUGUAAAUUGUAAACCGUCCAGAUGCUGUAAUGUACCGAGCAGCAUUUCCGCGGGGUUGAGCUGAGUUAGCUCUGUCUCUACCCUCGUCACACAGUAGCAUACCAGGUUGGCUGCAGCUGUCACAGCCUGGGGCACAGCUAGUUUACAUAGGAAAAGCACAAAUCACGAUACCCACAGCCAGAGAUAAACACUACUGUUCACACUGUUCUACAUACCUCUCAGCCUGAUUUGUGGUAGUAAUGUACCUUUGGAGAUCCGUGUGUACCUAUUAAGGUAAAUAAAUAUGAACAAAGUACAAGUUAUUUGACAUACAGCAGCGUCAUGGAUGUCGACCUAAAGUAGCUCCCUGUUUACAUUUGACUUCUGAAUCCAUGCUGUUGAGCUUAUGAUCGUUUAAAAAAUAGUCCCUCCUCUCUCUCUGCUGUAUCUACAGAAGUAUAAUUACUUUUGUCGGUUGGUCUCCAGCACUCUCUGCAGGUAAGCUUGGGUACGAGUCCUGCUGUAACUCUUUAUCACCAGUAUUCUUAUAGCAUGUACCUUGUUCUCCACCUUAACAAUGAAGCCUUGGUAGAAUAGUUAUGUAAAUGUGAUGAUAGUCUAAUGUUCAGUGUUUGUUGUGGUCCU